GGGUCGACGUGCGCAUGCGCGUAGUUGGGGUCCUGUUCUGUACUUUUUAUUUUGAGCUGCCGUGUUGUCGUGCGUGUGAUUAAUUCACGUCUAAUUCAUCAAUGCUUUCUUUUAUUUAACAUUUUUUCAUGUUUGCGUCCAAGUGAGGAGCUGAGCGGCCGCGGUUGUUGUUCGCCCUGCGCCGGAGGAGUCAGACUAUGUCGACAAAUAAAACAAAGAAAGUCAAAAUGGCUACUAAAUCGUGUCCUGAAUGCGACCAACAGAUUCCCGUGGCGUGCAAGUCGUGUCCGUGCGGCUACGUGUUUAUUAGCAGGAAGCUCCUCAACGCCAAGUCAAACGACUGCUCUUCGCCAAACGCAGCAGCGGACAAGCUGGACUCCAAGCGGCGAAGGACGGAGCGCAUCCGCAAGGAUCGUACGGACUCGCCUUUGACCAAUGACGUGGAGAACAGGAGGAGAUCGCGAGCCAACAGCCAGUCGGACCCCAUCCGGCGGGGGCGGGGCCGACCCAAGACAGUGGGCGUGAAGAAGCAGCAGGAGGAGGACAAAGACAAACAGGAGAAGGAAGUGGACGUCUACGCCGGCCUCUCGGACGAGAAGGCCUUCGUCUUCUCCGUCGCCUUGGCGGAGAUCAACCGCAAGAUACUGGGUCAGACGCUCAUCUUGUAGCCGCACGGACCGGCAGCAAAGACAUGUUGGGGGGUGGGGGGGACAAGGACACUGAAUUUAGGACGGGACGCAUUGCUGUGCUUUUGAAAUAAAGCAGCAGUGAUUCACUUUCACGUCAGCGAGAUGACCAUCUUUUCUUUCAGCGCAGGAAGUUGACCCAACGUGGAAGCAUCACGCUCACGCUACCUUACUGCAGUUCUCCCCCCCCCCCAAUUGUUUCCACUGUGCAUUGAUGACUUGCACAGAGAGCGAUGGCAUGAAUGAAAUGAUGUUUUCAGGUCUUUGCAUUCACAGACUUCUUAUGAAUUGUGUCUGUGGUCAUUGUCAGCAGUGAUCAUGUUGACGUCAUGUACAUGCUUACUCGCUCCUUUCGUGGGCCGCGCAUGAGUGCCGAUCCGCACCUUUAAACCAGCCGAACGUGUGCAACAUUAGCUGUGAGGGGGGGUCCAGGCGGGGUGCGAGUACACCCUCAGCUACCACACGGUGCUAUUUAAAGCUAGCACUGGACCGGAGUGGUGGGGACAGGAAGCUAACGACCAUAGGAGCACAUGCGAACUGCGUUCCAAUGUACUCCCACAUCAAUAAGUAUACUGUACUUCAUUCAGUAUAAUAUACUUCAAUAUACAGUAUACAGUCUUUGUGAAGAAUGGAUGGUGGUUCUUUCAGAAAUGGGACACUAUAGGCAGAUUCCAAGCAUGGAAUCCUUGAAGUUGAGUUGAGUUGUCAUGGACUACAACUUCCAACACUGAGGUGUGACCCACAUGCGGUCAGGGAGGGGCCAACGGUAUAUGACCAAGUAUUACAUUUCCCCAACAACACAAGCUGU